AGUGGUUGAAUUUUAAAUAAUACAUUUAUAACUAAAAUGAAUAGUAAAUUGCAUUGGAUCAUUAUUUUAAAUACUUUGGUUGCAGUGUGUUCACUGGAAAUCUUUUCAUCAUUUGCUUAUAUUGCAAUUGCAGCUUUUAGUUAUUUAAUUCCUGAUUUCUGUAUAAAAUACGAAUGCUGCAAUAAUCAAUGGUUGCAGACGCCGAGCCUUUCAGAUUUGGAACAUGUGAUAAACUCUGAAGUUUUUGGCCAGCACCUAAUUAGUAAACGUGUUCCUGCUGCUAUUAUAAAUCAUAUUGAAAAUAAGAAUCCGGCUUCACCUUUGGUGUUGUCUUUCCAUGGAGGGACUGGAACUGGUAAAAGUUUUGUUUCACAAAUAAUUGCUGAACAUUUAUUUAAAAAUGGUGUGAAUAGCAAAUUUGUUCGUGUAAUAUAUGCAACAAAAAAUUAUACAAAUAAAAAUAUGUUAGAAGAAUACAAAAACCAAUUAUCUAAGCUAAUAGAGAACAGUGUUAAGCUAUGUGAGCGCACAUUAUUCAUCAUUGAUGAAUUUCAUGAAAUGCCAAUUGGUCUUGGUGAUUCUAUUGCUCCUUUUUUAGACUACAACCAUCAAAUAGAUGGUGUAGAUUAUCGCAAAAGUAUAUUUAUUUUUCUAAGCAAUACGGCUGAAGACAUUAUUAACAACUAUACUUUGAAGCAUUAUAAAAAUAGAAACUCCAGAGAGUCGUUAACCCAUAAACAUUUUGAAUAUUCUAUAACAAAAAAUGCUUUAAGUUCAUCAGGAGGAUUUAAUAGCUCUAAGCUUAUUGAAAAAGGGUUGAUAAAGAUUUAUGUUCCUUUUCUACCUUUGGAGAGAAAACAUGUCAAACAAUGCACACAAAAAUUAGUACGUUAUCGACUCAAAGAUUCCAUUUUAGAAGCCAUUGCUGAUGAUAUGUUUUAUUUUCCUGAAAAUGAACAAUGGUUUUCAUUACAUGGUUGUAAAAGACUUGACGCUAAAUUAAGCGAAUAUUUAAAUUGAUUUAAAUUGAAUUAAACUUCUUUACAAAUAACAAAAACUAUUAUGUUAACGAUUAUCUGAUGUGUAGGUUUUGAUUAUUUUCUUUUUUAGAUAAUUUUAUGCUUUAAA